GAAGUUUCUCGUAAGGAAUGGCUGCCUCCAUAACCCGAGCGUGGAAACAUUUGCCUUUUUCUGGAUCCUCCAGAUGUUUGGUGGUGAAGGGAAGGCACCCUCCAUCAUGGAAUGGAAGAGUUCCUGGGUGCCAGGCAUUGGCAUCCACAGUUGGAACACAAGGACUCAGCAAUCACUCCUUACAGAGAUUUUACAGUGCACCACCUCCACCACAAAGACCACCAACAUUCUUAGGAAAAUUAUCGAGAAUCUCCGAGAAGAAAUGUCAAGAAAUCAGAAGAUGAAAGAGAGCUUGAAGGAAUUUAGAAAAGAUAUGGAAAAGCUUGAGAAAUCUGAAGCCUUGCAGAAAGCCAGAGAGAAAUACCAGUCUGUAGAGGAGGAAACAGCAGAAGGAAGCAAAAAGGCUAAGCAGCAGUUAGAAUUCUUGAAGAAACGUGUUUCAGAAACAGUUGAAGAAGCUCAGAAGGCAGAAAUCCUUCAGAAAGCCUCAAAAAUGACUGAAGAGGCAACAAGGCAGGCACAAAAGGUUAGCCAGACCAUUUCACAAAAAGGAGAGGAAUUAAGCAAGACCCAGACAUUCAAAACCAUCUCUGAAACUGCCAAGGCUGUGAAAGAAGAGAUUGACCACUCCACAUUUGGUGGUGCUGGAGCCAGGGUUUACAGAGCUCCUCGGGAACUUAGAAAAAGAGUAGAACGAGACCCUGAAGCAGAACAGAGGAUUAUUCAGGCUAACACAGAGGCAAGUGGUAUGGUCCUACACAAAGACUCUCAGUUUGCUCAAAGUUGGCAAAAUUUCAAGGACAAUAACCCAUAUGUUAACAGAGUAUUGGUAUGGAAAACAAAAUUGGAUGAGAGUGAUAAUCCAGUUGUCCGUGCUUCAAUGCUAGUGAAAGAUAAGGUAUCAGAAUUAUUUGGUGGAGUCUUCCAGCGUACUGAGCUCUCAGAAGCCUUGACUGAGAUAUGCAAAAUGGACCCAACAUUCGACAAAGAACGGUUUCUUCUAGAAUGUGAAUAUGAUAUGAUUCCAAAUGUUUUAGAAGCUAUGAUCAGACCAGAUCUAGAGAUCCUUAAGGACUGGUGUUAUGAGCGAGCCUUUUCUGUAUUAGCAACACCUGUAAAGCAAGCUUAUCAAUUAGGUUUCAAAUUUGAUUCAAAGGUUUUAGAUGUUGACAAUGUGGACUUGGUCAUGGGGAAAGUAAUGGAUGAGGGACCAGUUCUCGCCAUAUCCUUCCAGUCGCAACAGAUUAUGUGUCUACGAAAUCAAAAGGGGGAGGUUGUGGAAGGGGAUCCAAGCAAAGUGCUACGCGUUCAGUAUGUUUGGGUGUUAUGUCGAGACCAGACAGAGCUGGAUUCCAGAGCUGCUUGGAGGAUACUUGAUUUGUCAGCACAGAGUACAGAGCAGUUUGUAUAGUGAAUCAAUUUAGGCAGCAUUUUUUUUUUUUUUUUUUUUUUUUAAGAAAUUGUAAAUUAUUUAGUUAAUGGGCACAACUAUAUUUUUUCCCUGGAACAAAAUGUUAUAAUUAUGGUCAUUAUUUGGAAAUUACUAAUAUGUAAAGCUGCAUAUUAAUGAAAGAAGUUAAGACAUGUGAUAUACACAUGCAGAAAUAGUUUCUAGGCAAUUUCCUACAGAUUAAAGAUAUUUUGAUGUUGAAAUGGAAAAUUAAUAUUUAUACCAUUAUGUAUGUGGAAAUUACAGAUAUUCUUCUAUAAACUAAAA